CAAAAUCAAAACCCUAAUCGGUUCGAUCGUGCAAUCCCCAUCGCCGGUGAUGGCAAUGGCGCCGCCUUUGUCCUCACCUCGCUUCCGUUCCUCGCCAACGUUCCCUGAUGAGCACGCUUUCAGCGACGCCUCUCUCUAUGUCGGCGACCUUGACCUCUCCGUCACCGAUGGGCAGCUUUUCGAUUUCUUCAAUCGUUUUGGAAGUGUUGCGUCUGUUAGGGUUUGCCGUGAUCGGUUAACCAGGGUUUCGCUUGGGUAUGGCUAUGUUAACUUCCCCACCCGUGAUGAAGCUCUCCGUGUUUUGGAGCUUCUAAAUUUUACUCCUCUAAAUGGGAAGCCUAUGCGGAUCAUGUUUUCCAAUAGAGAUCCAAGUUUCAGGAAGAGUGGGGUUGCUAAUAUUUUUAUAAAAAAUCUUGACCCAACUAUUGACAGCAAAUCUUUGUAUGAUACGUUUGUAACUUUCGGUCGUGUACUUACUUGUAAGGUGGCCACUAAUAGUGAUGGCCAGUCAAAGGGAUAUGGCUUUGUCCAAUUUGAGCAGGAGGAGGAUGCUCAUAGGGCUGUUAAUUCUCUUAAUUCCAUGCUAGUUAACGGGAGGAAGGUUUUUGUCGGGUUUUUUCAGCACCGUCAAGUAAGAGAAAAAAUUAAUGGACCAGCAAAAUUUAAGAAUGUGUAUGUGAAAAACCUGGCAGAAACAGUGACCAAGGAAGAUCUAAUUGAAAAGUUUGGCACAUGCGGACAUAUUGACAGUGCCGUUGUUAUGGCGGAUGCUAAUGGUAAUUCCAGGGGUUUUGGCUUUGUAGAUUUCCUAAACCCGGAUGAUGCUGCAGCCGCAGUUGAGAGAUUUAAUGGCUCUGUCUUCCAUGAGAAGGUUUUGUAUGUUGGUAGGGCAGAAAAAAAGUCCGAGAGAAAAGCCCAAUUGAAAGCUAAAUUUGAACAGGAUGGAAACAAGCGAUUGACGAAACUUCAGGAGUCUAACUUGUAUGUUAAAAAUCUUGAUGACUCUAUUGAUGAUGAAAAACUCAGAGAGAUUUUCAGACCUUUUGGUAAUUUAGGUUCAUGCAAGGUUAUGUGUGACGCACAAGGAUUUAGCAAGGGUUUUGGAUUUGUGGCUUUUCUUUCCUCAGAGGAUGCUGCCCGUGCUGUACAUGAAUUAAAUGGACACAUAAUUGGCAAGAAACCUCUGUUCAUCUCCGUUGCUCAAAGCAAAGAAGAAAGGAAGGCAAAGCUUCAGGUACAUUUCACUCGCUUAAGAGCACUUGCUGAAAGGACUCCUUCAAUGCCGUUGUUGGCACCGCAUCAACCAAAUGCCCAUGCCCUCAAUGGUGCCACCCCUCAGAUGUACUUUGGUCCUGGAGCCUCAAGUAAUCUUAUUCCUCGCCAAUCAGCUAUAAAUGGGUUUCAACAACAGCACCCUAUUCAAAGAUUUAGACCUGUUAUACCUCCACACUACAUGAUCCCCUACCACCCCCCAAGGCAAGGACAACAUGGGCAGAGAAUGAGUUUUGGUUCCGGAGGAGCAAUCCCACCUCAGCAGUUUGUUCCGAGAAAUUGGCGUCAGGGAUUCCCACAUAUGCAAAAUGCAGUCAAUGGACCCAACACAUCCUUGAUAUCACAAACUCCUAUUGUGUCUUCAACCCGGAUGGGAUUUAGGAAUUCUCCUUCCUCACCAAUUGCAGCCUUUGCCUCACUUUUAGCUUCUGCAAGUCCUGAUCAACAACACACUAUUCUUGGCAAUGAGUUAUAUCCGCUCGUCGAAGCAAUCGACAAGGAUCAUGCUGCCAAAGUGACCGGAAUGCUGCUUGAAAUGGGCCAAAAUGAGGUUCUACACCUCCUUCAAUCUCCAGAAGCUCUUAAGGAAAAGGUUAACAAAGCAUUGGAGGUCUCAGAAGCUGCAGAAUAGAUUGCCUAAUUGCAUUAACAGUGUUCUCUUAGCUUUUAGUCAUAACUUUCUAAUUCUUAAUUAAGUAUAGAACUUUUCUAGUUCUCAUUAUUUCAGGACCAGGUUUUCCCUUGCAGGAAAUCCUUUACUAAAACUAGCCUAGUGUGUGUGUUUG